AUGAUGAAUUUAAGCGUUGCCGCUGGCGGUGCUCUAAUGGACAAACUGUAUGACGAAGCUUAUGAACUCAUAGAGAACAUGGUCAAAAUAUUUCCAAUGGGGAGGUAUAUUUCCGCUAGCUUCACUAACGUUAUCACACUUCGAAGUGGAACCGAAUUAGAUGAACCAGUUGUCCCAAGAAUCCAAAAUCCAACCAUAUAUCAAAAUUCUGGCAAGGGAACCGAAAAGGUAAGCGAACCAACCAAUGAUGGAAAGGAAGAUGAAAGCGGAGAGGAAAAAGAUAAAGAGCCAUCUUAUGUUCCUCCACCGCCAUAUAAACCACAUAUACCUUAUCCCCAAAGACUUGUUAAGUCCAAAAAUGAAGGACAAUUCAAGAAAUUCGUAGAAUUUAUGAAGCAACCUAAUAUCACUAUACUAUUCACAGAAGCCAUUACACAAAUGCUUUCAUUUGCUAAGUUUCUUAAAGAGAUUCUAUCCAACAAGAAAAAGUUUGAGGAUGAUGAAACCGUUAUGCUUACUGCCGAGUGUAGUGCUAUUAUUCAAAACAACAUGCCUCAUAAACUAAAAGAUCCAGGUAGUUUUUCCAUACCAUGUGUAAUCGCAAGUAAGAUCAUAGACAAAGCUCUAUGUGAUUUAGGAGCCAUUGUUAGUUUAAUGCCCUUAUCCACAUGCAAAAAAGUCAAUCUAGGAGAAUUAAGACCAACAAAGAUGUCUCUACAACUAGCUGGCCGUUAUGUUAAAUUUCCAAUAGGUAUGCUAGAGAAUGUUCCCUUUCGUAUAGGACAAUUCUAUAUUCCUAUCGACUUUGUAAUAAUGGAUAUAAAGGAGGACUCCCACAUCCCUAUUAUUUUAGGAAGAUUAGCUACAGCGGGAGCCAUCAUAAAUGUGAAGAAAGGAAGGCUAACAUUCGAAGUUGAAGAAAAAGUUGAAUUUCUCUUAACUAAAUUCCUAUAA